GCUGUUUCUUCACGGGUUGUUAUGCGAGAUGAAGGGAAGCAAAUGUUUUGCUGGUCCUUUUGGUGGCUUUAGUAGUUUCCGCAACGUCAGUCUAAUCUCUAGCUAGUUUCUCUGGUGGGAAGGAUCCAUUUGAUGAGCCUUUAUUCACGCAGUCAUUUUGGGGGCAUGUUCGUGUCAAACUACUCUGGUUCCAAGCCGAGCACUUUCAAAGAGAUGCAUCCUACUGGAUUUACCGAGCAUCUACCUCCACAGCUGAAGAGGUCAGGACUCAGAGGCACCAUUAUAAAGAAUGAAGGUGAGCUAGAAGCAGAUCAGGAGAGAGCGUUCUGUGAUGGCCCUCAAGUAGAUAAUCGAACUAAGGAAGAUGAAGGUGCUGUGGACCCUUUUCCAUUGCUAAUCACACGGAAUUUUCUUGACGGUAUACACCAUGAUGUUGCACUGACCAUUCUAACAGCUGCAAUUAGUCACAGAACGUUUUGUUUCCGCAACUUCGGUACAGGGGAGCUUGGGCACAUCCAUCAACAGAGCAUUCUGCUCCGACCGUGGCAUCGCAGAUCAGUGACCCUGCAAAGCUCUCUCACCGACAACUAGCAGAGACGGUGAAUGCAGAAGCCAGCCCAAAGGGCAGAGCCUUGUGAUAAAGAAGUCCGAGCUUUGAUUGUAACUCAUCAUGUCGAAGUCUC